AACUUCGUGUUAACAACGAAAUGCCAAUCUCGGCCUACAUUAUACUGUGCAGUGUGAGAUGAAUUUAUGAUUCCUGUACGAAUACCUACAGGUGUAAAUCGCACAGAUGCUAUGCCGCAUUUUGCUCGAGUGAUCUUUCGUAUCACGCAGAGUAAUUGCAGCUUGAACCCGCCAGUUGUUAUUUCAUGUUCACAAAGUGGUGUGUAAACCCAACGAUUCAAUGACUCAUCGCGUGUUGGAAACAUUCGCGGCGUGCAGUGUGAUUAAAGUAACUAUAAAAAAUACGAAAAUACAAGGUAAAAGGAAUUUGACAACGAAAACCGUUACAGACCCAGUGCUUUGAAAGUUUCUUUGAAUAAAAAGUUUAUAAAAAAAAAAAUUAAUACAAAUGUGCUUUAGAACGGAGUAAAUAGUUUUUCAAGAGUUUCUCAAUAAGGACAGAAUAAUUGACAAACGAAAAGAAGUAAACGAAUGUUUCAUCGAAUAUGGAGAUACUCAGUUCUGCUAACGAGGGCCUACAAAGUCGCCGCAACUGUACCGGCUGCGAGCGAAAAAUCAUCAAUAAUUUUCCGACUCUGAACUCGGCGAAACUAUGGCUGUUGGGACCGAGAGAACGAAUCUUACUAUUUUAACGUUUCCUCGGACGUGAUAACAUCGACCGUCGAUGACUGCGAUGUCACAUAACAACCUGAGUGAGGCGGCCAAAUUUUAAAACAGUGUCACGAACCACGCAGUUUCAAAUGGAGUCUGCAAAAUUGAGCUCCGGACAGGCCCCAAGCAGCCCUCCUGGUGCUCAUCCCCCGAUGAUGCCGAGUUACGGGAUAUCGGGAGACGGUAGCAUCGAUUACAUAAUCAGCGACUACAUGGAGCGGCUAGGUACGCGAUUGAAUAUCCUCGAGACGGAGCUGAAGUACGCUUGGAGAGCCCUGGACCUCCUCAGUCAAGAGUACAUCAAGAUGUGGGAAAGACUGGAAAAACUGGAAGGUCUGCUGUACGAGCAGCAGACGGUGAUAAGCCAGCUGAUAGAGUUCUACGCGACCGGAGGAACUCCGGACGGCGUUGCGGGAGUCGAGGAUGCGCUCGUUGCGCAACACAGUUCCGUCGGCGAGCUUGACGCCAUCGCGGAGAGCCUGGGGGCGGCCAUCGGUAUCGAGGAAACGAGCGUGUUGAGGGAAAAAUUGGCGCAGCAGGAACUGGCGAGAUUACACGGCAUAACUCAGGACAGCACAGGUGCCGUGGCAGCCGUCGCAGAUAUGCACAGGAACGUUCGUAAUCUUGAUCGCGAGGCCCUAGAGACGCUGGAAGAAGAAGCAAACACCCCCGACGAGGCGUUUUACCGGAGUCUGAAUAACGCUUACCGGGAAGACUUGAUUUGCGGCGAGACCUCGAGGCCGACUUCCCAGCUGGGCAUGAUAUGGGAGGAGGCCGAAGAGGCGGAGGACGGGAACGGGAAGAAGGAGGCGGGUGACCACUUGGAGCGGAUCUCUUUGAAGGAAAAACCCGAGGAGGGUGGAGCCACGUGCGUGGAGACCUUCGGGGACAAAGAGAGUCAGCAGGCGGGGUCCGCGAUCGACGACGGGGAUGACGAGGACGAGGGUGAAAUCUUCAGCGCAGCCGACUACAAGAGCUACCGUGGAAAUACACCGUGUGUCAGCGAGCAGGACCUCGCGCAACUUUCGAGACUUAGUUCCAUCGACCAGGUCGCACUUGAGAAACUCCACGAACUCGAUAGGCUCACUACGAAACUCCAAAAAGACUCGCAAAACCUGAAGGAACUGCAAUCGAGACUCAUGGAGUCACCGAAGCACCAGUACGCGACGGAGAACGAGGCUAAACUCGCCGAGGAAUCGUGCAGCAUCGACGAACAACUUCGGAAAAUCUACGCCGAAACGGAUGUCGACAACUGGACUUACUCCAGGAGUCCCGGUUCCACGGGCAGGUCUGCCUCGAGAGUGAGCACGGAUAGCGGAAUGGUCACUGACGCCGAAUUCACCACCAGAUCGAUUUCUCCGAGGGUAAACACUCAGAGAAGUAACGGGGACUCCGCGUCGUCGACGUACACACCCCCAAGAUUGGGAUACACUGCUGCGCUGUUGGAGAAAAGCCCCGAGCCGGUUAUCCCGCUGCCCAUAGACGUUGGAAAUUUCGCUAAAGGGUAUGCGGAAAACAAGGAGCUCACUGAUCUUAUGGCCGAGAGCUUUGCAACGGUGACCUGCGCCUCGCCGACAAUAUAUAAUACCCCGACCGACAAGGUGCCCUCCCCCACUUUGUCCGCCCACAGUGUUCACAGCGUCCAUAGUGUACAGAGCCUCAGGACCCGCCAGGAUGGCUACUUUGGUAGCGCGGCGAGGCUGAACCUCGAGUUUUCGGAGGGCAGAACGCCUCCGUCACCCUCGCCCAGUUCCCCACCACCUCCCGCCCCUCAGGACGCCGGUGACAGCUUUUUGAUGCCCGGCUCGGAUCCGAGAGCGUCGGAUUCCACUGACGCUAAGAGAGCCCCGAGUCCGAGCUUCUCGAGGAGUGGGGAUAAAAUUACUGGCCUUGAUCAAGGGCGGCUGAGCCCACGAACCCCGCACUCCCCCAAAUCACCGAAGAUCUCGCCUAAGCAUGCGGUAAAAUCGAACAAUGCGAACAUAGUUGCAGCCAAGUCAGAUUCCGGCCUCUCGUCGAUGAGCGGAUGGAGCAGCCUCGACAAAUCCCCAGGGUCGCCGAAGAGUUCGAUAAAUAAAAUGCUGACGUCGUACUCGGUCGAUCACAGCAGAUCGAAUUUAAUUACAGCACAGACGCUUCGCACUAGUAGCCCGAUACCUCCUCUGCCUGAAAAGACGCCAAUCUUUACGCAGGAACCACUGUAUGAUACUCCUGAGGGUAGAGACGCUUUCGCCAACGCCGCCCUGGCAAAAGCUCACUCCACCACUGACGCACUGUCGACAACGAUAAAUCAUUUGUCGGCAUUUACAACCGUCAAGUCCCCUGCCUCCGCUCAAGAUGACUACAACUUCGUGCCUCCGCCAGCUCCGAGCUCCGAGAACCCGUGUCCAAGUCCUAAAAGACGGGGACAAAGGCAGCAGAGCUUGCAGCAUACUUACGACGCCGUUCCUACUGGCACCAGUGCGGACUUUGUUUAUCGCUCGGAACAACCCGCCAUAUAUUCCGUGGCUGGUAGCAAUCGUCAGCAAGUUAUAACCAGUGUCUACACGAGUGGCUCCGGACCGUACAUGUCAAGGACGAUGGACGCUGACAGUUAUCCGGAAAUUUUAGAGCAGUACUCGAAUUACCCCGAGGAUUACAACCUCUAUCCCUACCCAGCGUCGACCAUAACCAGUAGUAGCACUCACGGUAAAAAACCUACGAGAGCGAUGUCCUACGGUGACGGUAUGAUAAAUCACGAAGGUUACAAAACAGCGAUGUACCGCACUAUGUUCCCGACCGGCAACAUUACCGAUGCUUUAUCCUACUACCCGACUAGCGAAAACCUACCGAGGACCGAGUCGAACGAUAACUCAUGGCUCAGUUCAAUGGAAGGACAAAUACCCCACGACUCUACUUCGUCGAGCAUUCGCUCUCUCACUUCGGACGGCAGUUACGCUCAAAGCCCCUACACUGACAGGAGGUAUCCCAACCCUCCGGGCUAUCAGUCGCAGCAGUAUCACGCUUACGCGAAUCAAAUGUACCGGCAAAACUACAUGCAGCAGCAACAGCAACAGCAUCAGCAACAACAGCAGCAGUAUCCAACCUACGGAUUAAGACUGACCCAUUCGGAAAGCGUUCAACUAGCGGACGGUUACCAGAGACAGUGGCAGAGGGAACAGCAGUACCUUCAGGACCUCGAAGCUCCCAGGUUAUCCGGCCUGGAGCAGCAGCAGGCGCAACAAGGUGAAUACUAUGGCACCUCUGGGGUCAUAGUGUCACAGUCGGGCUACAUUAGCAUAUCUGCGGACAUCAAGGAGCACGAAGAACCUAAGUCUUCGAAGAAAGUCAGAAGAGGAGCUUCGCUGAAGAGCGCGAUGAGUUCGAUGAGCAAUUGGCUGCCUGACUUACACCUUACCAAACGAUAUCGGAGCCAGUCGUUACCCGGAGGCGUCAGGAGAGAAGACUUGGACAUGCCGCCGGAGAGUGUUCCUCAACAACGACCCCCCGCGGAUGUAACGGGGCGAGGCAGGGAACGUGGUGGCCAAUCUACACGAAAGAAAAAAAAGCACACCUUAGUCUCUACCGUGUCAGGAAUUUUACAAAAAGCAAAACGUAGGGGGCAUCAGACGCAAUCACUUUCUGAUCCCGAACAAUCAGAGACGGAAUGGAGUAGCGGGCGUCAGAGUGGGAUGUCAGAAGACGAGGACAGUGCUCUGUCGGACGCUCCUCAGGACACCGCAUUUUUUGCUAAAGUCAAAUCGAGCGGUAAGAGGAAACAGAACCAACAGCAAACGCAGCAGCAGCAACAGGCGCAGCAGCUUCAUCAUCAACAACAACAGACUUUGCUUCAACAAAAGGAACUCAUACAGCAGCAACAGAACAUCCAACAACAACAGCAGAUUCUUCAGCAACAAAUACAGCAGCAUCAAGAACAGCUCCAGCAGCAAGUAGCUCAGGAAAAUGUGGUCAAGGAGCGUAAACCGGACGGCAGUGAACACGAGUUUUCGGACAAUGUAGGUGCGGAAGAAGAGGCUUCCGGUAAGAGCACUGGUUCCGGCUCAGGUGGUUCCUCGAUAUUCGCUACCGUCGGUGACAUCAAGAGAUCGGCGGGCAGUUCGGACGAGGCUCCGAACGAGAAGGCGCCGAAACUACCGCCGGUCGCGCUCAUGGGCGGUGCGAGCAUGGAAUUCGCGGUGUCUAGGGCAUUGGGCAAGUAUCGCCAAAGACAGUCUUCAACCGUAUCCGACGAACAGGCGAACAACGAGGACGUCGGAGUGGAUAAGAAAUCGGACGACGGUUUAAUUCAACCGUUGGACACUACCUUCGAGUACACCGAGGAAACGGUUUCCGAGAGAGAGGAAAAGCCUUCGAUCGCCAAGCCGCCGGAACUUGUGACGAGUAUAUCCGAGGAGGGUCCACCGUCCGAAGGGAGCCCUUCUGCAUCGAGCUUGCGAGGACACGCAACGAGUGGGAGUCGCUUUCUGCCAAGGCAUCAGCAAUCGCUCGAGAUUCCUUGGGGAAGGAGCGGCGAAGCUGACGAAGACAACCGAAGCACGCACUCGUACCGAAGCACGUCACGCGUAUCUUCCAGGAGGCAGAGCACAGAGGAUUCCAUAGAUUCCGAGGACGAGUGGUACUGCUACGAGCUGAGAAAACUCGAGGAACUCGAGAGACAGACGCAGAUGGAAAUGGAGAUGGGUGUGAUACGGGAACCCGAGGAGACGGAGCCUUUCGAACCGGACGAGGACGUCAAGGAGCGGAUGUCAUUCGUCCUGCGGGAGCUGCGGCUGAAGGCUCAGCCCAAGGAGGAGGUGCUGAGCAAAGAUGAAUAUGCGAGGAACGCGAGGAUGAACGGCACUAUGAGAGAUCCGGAGAGAGAAAGAGAGCUGGAGAGAUCGCGAGACCGGGACGAGCGGCCGAUUCCCAAGCGAAAGACCGCGGAAAGCGUCGAGACAGUGUUCGCCAGAGUUACGGAUUAUCACACCUGGGCCCACGAAGAGGAAGUCAGAAGAGAGGAGAGGAUGGAACCGGCCGAGGAAGGAUCCUCGGGGGAAACAUCUGGUCCCGAUAGUCCUGGAAACUCGAUGGACGAGGAGGAAGAUGAAAUGCCGAACGAAGAACAGUCCAGAAGGAGCUCCGGCGGGUCGACCCUGCGCCACGGUGAAAAGCAUCUUCCGGGCUCAGAUUCGCUGUCCAGAGAAGGUAGCGUAAGUGUACCACCUAGUGAGGUAUCCGUCAGUAUCCCAGGGGGCUGGGAUUCAGAGAGCACUGUCUUAGAAGGUGACAGAGAGGACGCCGGGAGCGAGGAGACCGGGACUACGGCAACCCUCAGCCUCCCCAAAAUCAAAAUCGACUCUUCGUCGUGCGGAAGUUCCGACACGACCCUUAAGGAGGGCCAGGCAAGUCCCGGACCGCCGGCGUCCAAGUGGAAACUUCUAAAGGCGCUGAAGGAGCGAAAGGCCGAAGAGAAGCUGAAGGAAGUCGAAGACGCGAAAACCCAACAAGAAACCACGGUCACUCAUCCUCCCACGGCAAACGGCAGCGGACCCGGAGGUGACGCAAGCGGACGCAGCAAUGGCCAUCCUGGAGAUAACCCAUUCUACAGCAACAUCGACAGCAUGCCGGACAUUCGGCCACGUCGCAAGUCGAUACCCCUGGUCUCUGAGCUGCGGAACAUUGUCUUCACUAGUGAUAAACACGGAGACUGGAAAUUGAGAGAAGAGGUCUUGAAGACAAUGGCAGCGACGAAGAGAAACGCGGGACUUACUUCAGCCGUUCCUCGAGCCACCCUCAACGACGAGGAUUUGAAGAUGCACGUCUACAAAAAAACGCUUCAAGCUCUCAUCUAUCCAAUAUCAUCGACGACGCCGCACAACUUCGUACUCUGGACAGCGACCUCGCCGACCUACUGCUACGAGUGCGAAGGUCUUCUAUGGGGCAUCGCAAGACAAGGUGUUCGCUGCACCGAGUGCGGGGUCAAAUGUCACGAGAAGUGCAAGGACCUGCUCAACGCCGACUGCCUGCAGAGAGCUGCUGAGAAGAGCUCGAAACACGGAGCCGAGGACAAAGCGAACAGCAUAAUAACCGCGAUGAAGGAACGAAUGAAGCAGCGAGAAAAGGAGAAGCCGGAAAUCUUCGAGCUUAUUCGCACCACCUUUUCAGUGGACCCCGACACGCACAUAGACACCCUCGAACAGGCCGAGGAAAUCGUUCUGGAGGGGACUAGCAAGUGGUCCUGCAAAAUUGCUAUCACAGUGAUUUGCGCUCAGGGGUUGAUUGCGAAAGACAAGAGUGGCACAUCGGACCCCUACGUUACCGUGCAAGUUGGCAAGGUGAAGAAACGGACGAGAACGAUGCCGCAAGAACUGAACCCAGUCUGGAAUGAAAAGUUCUACUUCGAGUGUCACAAUUCUUCGGAUCGCAUAAAGGUGAGGGUAUGGGACGAGGACAACGACCUCAAGUCGAAGCUGAGGCAAAAACUGACUCGCGAGAGCGACGAUUUCCUCGGACAAACCAUCAUCGAAGUCCGGACGCUAAGUGGUGAAAUGGACGUAUGGUACAACCUCGAGAAAAGGACUGAUAAAAGCGCGGUCUCAGGUGCCAUCCGGCUGCACAUAAGCGUGGAAAUCAAAGGCGAGGAGAAGGUCGCCCCUUACCACGUGCAGUACACCUGCCUUCACGAAAACUUGUUUCACAGUCUGUGCGAGGAAAACGGCGGCAUUGUUACUCUUCCACAAGCCAAGGGUGACGACGCGUGGAAAAUAUACUUUGAUCCAUCCGGUGAGGAGCUGGUUGAUGAAUUCGCAAUGCGGUACGGCAUCGAGAGCAUCUACCAGGCCAUGACCCACUUUCAUUGUCUGUCAACGAAGUACCUUUGCCCGGGUGUUCCCGCAGUGAUGUCAACUUUGUUGGCCAACAUAAACGCCUACUAUGCCCACACAACAGCGAGCUCCGCAGUCUCGGCGAGUGAUAGAUUUGCUGCCAGCAACUUCGGGAAAGAAAAGUUCGUGAAACUGCUAGACCAGCUGCACAACUCCCUGAGGAUAGACUUGUCGAUGUAUCGGAACAACUUCCCAGCGUCGAGCCAGGAAAAACUGAUGGAUCUAAAAAGUACGGUGGAUCUCCUCACGAGCAUAACCUUCUUCAGGAUGAAAGUGCAAGAGCUGUCGAGUCCCCCGCGAGCCAGCACUGUCGUCAAGGACUGCGUGAAGGCCUGCCUGAGGUCGACGUACCAAUUUUUGUUCGAGAAUUGCUACGAGUUGUACAAUCGCGAGUUCCAAGUCGAUCCCAACGAGGCUAAACGGGACUCGGAGGAUCACGGACCGCGGUUGGACUCACUCGACUUUUGGCACAAGCUGAUUGCCCUGAUAGUAUCGGUGAUCGACGAGGAUAGGAACAGCUACGCACCGGUGCUCAAUCAGUUCCCCCAGGAGUUGAAUAUCGGUCAACUAUCGGCGGCUACGAUGUGGUCCCUGUUUGCGGUCGACAUGAAGUACGCCCUUGAGGAACACGAGCAGCACAGGUUGUGCAAGUCGUCCGCGUAUAUGAACCUCCACUUCAAGGUCAAGUGGCUUCACGCCAACUACGUCAAGGAUGUUCCCCCGUACAAGGGGGCCGUUCCCGAGUACCCCGCCUGGUUCGAACCCUUCGUCAUGCAGUGGCUCAACGAAAACGACGACGUGUCACUCGAGUAUCUCCACGGGGCGUUUAAUCGCGACCAAAAGGACGCGUUCCAAAGGAGCAGCGAACACGCCUUGUUCAGUUGUUCGGUGGUCGACGUGUUCACGCAGUUGACCCAAUGCUUCGACGUAGUGUCGAAACUCGAGUGUCCCGAUCCCGAGAUAUGGAAGAGGUACAUGAAGAGGUUCGCCAAGACGAUCGUCAAGGUCCUCGUUGCGUACGCCGACAUCGUCAAGAGAGAAUUUCCGAGCCACUUGAAGGAGGAACGGAUAGCUUGCAUCCUCAUGAACAACAUCCAGCAGCUUCGGGUUCAACUCGAAAAGAUGUUUGAGUCAAUGGGAGGGGAGAAACUUGAAGAAGACGCUGCCAACAUCCUGAAAGAACUUCAGCAACAACUUAAUGGCGCUCUCGACGACCUCGCAAUGUUAUUCGCCAAAAGUUUGGAACCGAGGAUAACAGCCUCUGUCAGAGAACUCGGUGACCUUCUUCUGGCUAUCAAAGGUGGGGGACAAGUUACCCUCACUCAACCCGCCCAGAGGAACGCAGUUGCGGUCGAAGCGGACGACGUUCUGAGGCCGUUGAUGGUUCUUCUCGACGGCAGCCUUUCGCUUUACGCCCAAUCUUGCGAGAAGACCGUGCUGAAAAGGCUGCUCAAAGAGCUCUGGAAAAUCGUUAUGAGGAUUCUAGAAAAAACCGUCGUUCUUCCACCAAUGACCGACAAGAGCAUGAUGUUCAAGAACCUGACGGACAACGCAAAAAACUUGGCUGCAAAUGCGAAGAUCGAAGACAUGUCGAGGCUGUUCAAAAAUCACAUGGCCGGUAAACCAGACGUGAAAAAUGCCCUCAGCGGUGUCAUGGACAUAUCGAAGGAGGUUGAGAAGAAUUUGUCGCCCAAACAAUGCGCUGUGCUCGACGUGGCGUUGGACACGAUCAAGCAGUAUUUCCAUGCUGGCGGAAAUGGACUGAAAAAGAAUUUCCUCGAGAAAUCACCCGAGCUACAGAGCCUUCGUUACGCCCUCAGCUUGUACACGCAGACGACGGACACGCUCAUCAAGACCUUCGUGACAUCCCAAGUUAACGAAGUGCCGCUGAACGACAAGGCAACGUUGCGUCAACGGUCCAUGAGCAGCGACCGGGGGGAUGAAAGCGACACAGCCGAAGGCAUGGAGGGUCUCGAAGAGCCUCUUCGCCAGCGAAAUCCCCCGCUUCGACGGGAGAGCCGCCAAGAUACUACCGGAUCUGACGAAGGUUCCGUGGGAGAAGUCAGCAUCCAAGUCGAUCUUUUCACUCAUCCUGGCACUGGCGAGCACAAGGUCACCGUAAAAGUGGUCGCUGCAAACGACCUAAAGUGGCCCUUGGCGACGGGAAUGUUCCGACCGUUCGUUGAAGUGAAUCUAAUCGGUCCUCACCUCGCCGACAAGAAGAGAAAACACACAACAAAGUCGAAGAGCAACAAUUGGUCACCAAAGUUCAACGAUACGUUCCACUUUAUAAUCGGUAACGAGGAGCAGCUGGAUUUCUUCGAGCUUCACAUCUGCGUUAAGGAUUACUGCUUCGCGCGUGAGGAUCGUCUGGUGGGAGUGGCGGUAAUGCAGCUGAAGGAUAUCGUCGAUCAAGGAUCCUGCGCGUGCUGGUUGUCCCUGGGGAAGCGAAUCCACAUGGACGAGACCGGAUGGACGAUACUGCGGAUACUCUCCCAGAGGAACAACGACGAGGUGGCGAAGGAAUUCGUUAAGUUGAAGAGUGACAUAAGGCAGGAGAACCCGUUGCCAAAUCCGACCUGAAGCUGCAGCGAUACGUAGGAAGAUAAAUAAUACAGAUAAAUCCCGUUCGACGCGUUCUUUGAGCUUCGAAAGAGCUCGGGGGAGAAUUUUCAUCCGAUAAAAAUAGGAUCCCUCACAUCUGAGCUGCCGAAGUGAGAGUGCAGCGAAACGCGCUGCUCGACGUCGUCGAAGAGAAUGACUAGAAAUCGCUACCUUGUCAUCUUCACCGCAGUUUCGUACGCAUCGCAUCGAGACAAGCAGAGGGCACCGGGUUUUAUCGAGUCAAGUAUAUCUACCUCCGACUGGCUGCAACGGUUGAACGAUCGCGUCAGGAUCCGGACGUACCGUCGACGAUUUCUCAACCUCUAAAACGAAGAACGCGUUACUCGAAUUGCCACAUCUCAUGCAUCCGAGCUGAAGCCCCCGCAACAGCGUGUACCUAAAACGCACGACGCAAAAUAUCCGCCAAGGAAAAUUCAUCUUUGGCUCUGUGGACCAAAGCUGACGAGCUUUUCGCGAUUCGUACGACGAACCGACGUCCAUACGUCGUUCUACGUCCUGCGUUCAAUUAGCUUCACGGAGAUGAGGAUCCGAACGCCACGAACGCUCGUCGAAGACGACAUAUGGAUGGAAGAAAUCGCAAGACUGUCAUUGCCAAAGAUGCGGAAUCACGAUACGAGAUUAUGCCUAAUCUAUUGUUUGAUAUGACGAUACACGAAAUUACGGAGGCCGUGCCUCUGGCAUCGAUAUUGUACAUAUACUUUUUGUACAGCGAUUACGAGGAUACGAACUGAUUAAAAUAUACGGAAUAAAACUGACGGCGGUGAAGGGGGCUGAACGGAUUGGAUUUUAGACCGUGAAAUAAGUGCUGCCAGUACGCAAUAUUAACCAUAUUCGUAUACAAGUAAUUAAAAUUGAAUACAAGUAAGUGAUUAUAAAAGAAAAGAAAAUUAUUCGAUGAAGACGACGAAAAAAAAGGCAAAACGUGAGUAUCCAGCCAUGCGAAACAGACUUAUUGCCAUGUUGGUGUACGUAUAGCUAUGUAACAACUGAGACUGUGAAAAUAUGUAAAUAUUAAGUGUGAAAAAAAACCCAUGCCGAAUAAAUUCAUCCGUUGUCCAAGCACAUAAACGCAUAUUAAAAACGAAGAAAAAAUAACAAACAAAUACAGAAAAACAGUAAAUAAACAUAACAAUUUAAUCUGUGUAAUAAACGGGUUGAUACGAUAAACCAUGAAUUAGUAGUAAAAAAACUUGAACAAGAAAAUAUAAGCAGACAAACAGAUAUUAAAUGAAAGAAUAACGAGAGUGUGUGGCUGAAUGAGAGAAAGAGAGAAAGAGAUCCGGGCCUUGAGUCUAGCUAGGAAACGUAAGAGACUCGAUGUAAAUUUCGGUCGUCAUUCGGAGAACAAUUUAUUGUAUAGACUUACUAUAUAAAAUUGUUGACGAUAACUGUUUUCUCAUCAUUUUCAUUCGUUUCUCUUUCUUCCUUUUUUUUUCGUUUUCCUCUCUCUUUUUUCUGAUAAAAAUUAAGGUAUAUAGCAUUUGAGGACGACCAAAAAAGACGCGCGCCACGCUUCGUUGAAAGUGGCGCGCUGCUUUAGUAAUAAUUAUGAUUACUAACAUAUAAAAAUUAUCAUAAAAUUAACUUACUUACAUUCAUUAUAUCAAUAAUAAUAAUAAUAAUAAUAAUAGUAAUAAAAAUAAUAAGAGUAAUAACACAUUAAAAAUUAAUCAUUAUUAAUGAGAAUAAUAAUAAUGGCAUAACAAUAAUGUUAUCAACAAUAGUAACAAGAACGAUAAUAAAUAUUGAAACGUUAAUAACGAUUUAUGAAUGUAGGCCCUUGAAUAACGUGUAAAAAUAUAGAUUUACAUGUACCAUGUGCAUACGUUCCUUAUAUAAGUACAUAUUUAAGAGUGAUACGCUUGAUUGUGAAGUUGAAUGACUAGGCAAUUUUUUGGCAUUUGGAAUUUGUAAACAAGGGCGCUUGCUGAACGAUUUACACGGAAUAUAUUAUAUCUCGAAGCGAUCGAAGGGGAAUAGAUUAAGCCAUACGUGGUUGAAUAGCAAUAUCUUAUUGAACAUUCAGAUAUGUAUGCGGAAAAUUUGAAUAAUCAGCAAAUCAGCAGACUAUUCGCAAACUACUGGGCGUAUCCGGUGAUUUGCAAAUUCGCAUUAACGUGCUGGGUAAAAUAUGGUAAAAAAGUAAAUAUUGUCAGAACAAUGUUAAAAACGAAAAGGCGUAUCGGUGGUAACUUGAAUAUUUGAAAAAGUUUCAGUACCUUGUAAUUGAGGAAGUAGAAAAAGAAAGGAGAAAACAAUGUUUUUGUAAAUUGCUAGAUUUGCUAAUCGUUCAAAUUCAAGGAUUGCCAGUGAUAUGUGCUGAUGUAAAAUACAGAUCCGUCAGUUGAAAAAGUGUGAGCAUGAAGGUUUGGUUGUGACCGUGAAAUAAACGAAGCGGUGUAUAUUAAAAUGCAACAAACGGAAUUCCCAGGUCAGAUCGCGAAGGUGGAAUUUUUCUUUGAAUUAGACAUCGAGUCGCGCGCCUGAUAACCAAAUCGUAAUACACGCCUUUACACAUAUUCCAUUGAAUAUAUUCGGAUUACGGAGAAAAACGAGAAAUCAAAGAUUAUUAAUCUGUUACGAUAGCGUGUACACAUGUUGCCCAAUUUACGAGUAAUCGUCUGAUUUUUUAAGGUGUUUCAUAUUAAAAAAAAAAAAAAAAACCCACGCGCCAGAAACAA